AUGUUGCUUUUCCGGAGGUUCGUUGCGCGUGGUCCCGCUUUCCGCGCUGUUGCUCCUGGCCCAACAUUAUUAACGGUUUCCCCUUGUUACUUUAGCAGGACCGAGCGUGACCUUGCGGUGUUUUCUAAGUUCCGCUGGUCUAUUACAACCUACUUACACGCUGGACACGGAAGCCCUCGGAAUCCACGACUGCACGCAUACUACAGUUCCACAGUGGCUGCAAUGACUGAUGCGGUUGCGAAUGUAAUUGCAGAAGGAAGUGCGCGCAUUAAGCUACCAGAAGGCGUUUUUUACAAUCGCGUUCAGGAAUUCAAUCGUGAUCUUACGGUCGCCGUUUUGCAGUGGUUUCAGAAGGUUCACAAAAAGGAGUGGUUAAUGAAGAACGAAAAGCGCUUGAACUCGCCUUCCCGGCUUUCGCAGUCCCAAUACAGUGGAUUACGAAUUCUAGAAGCUUUAGGUGGUUCUGGCAUACGAUCCGUUCGGUUCGCUUUGGAAGUUCCUAAUAUCGGAGAAAUAGUUUGUAACGAUUUGGAUGAGAGGGCCGUCGAAAUGAUUCACCAAAACGUUUUACUUAAUGGAGUCAAUAAGUUCGUCAAAGUCUCCAAUUUGGAUGCAGUGAACCUGAUGCAUGUAUACAAGGAGUUUUCCAGCCGCUCUGCUUUUCUGAACGCAGGCUAUCGUAUAUCAGCCUCUCAUGCGGAGCGGAGUUCUUUCAAAACAAACGCCCCUAUGUCGUUUAUUUGGGAUGUUUUUCGAACAUUUAGACAGCGACUGCAAGAUGCCGAAAAGAUCUCAUCCGAUUCCUCUGAUAAUGAUACUGCAUCCGACACUUGCGUGGAAAAUGGGAGCGCCGUGGCGCCAUUGGAAAAAGACUCCCCGAUGAAGCGACGCCGUUUGAAGCGUCGAAACUCUUCUACCGAUGGAACAGACUUGGUCACCUUACGUGGUCGUGUUAGAACGGCUCUGUUAGCACAGCCUAUCAGCGGCACUGUUGACUUCAGCAUACAUCCAGACGCCAAUCCGCCUUCCAGAGUCGAUAAGCUGGUUAGAUUUCAGUUAAACCCUGAAAAAUUCUGGGGGCCUAAAGCACGUCCCAAGUAUAUGAAAUCUUCAGUUUCAACUAACUGA